AUGGUUGGCUAUGAUCCGGAGAAAAAAAAUUUAACAAAUAAACAAAUAUUAAUUGCUAGUGCGACAGCAAGUUUUAUUUCACGUUUUCUUUUACAACCACUUGAUGUUGUUAAAAUACGUUUUCAACUUCAAAUUGAACCUAUUCGAGAUUUAAAAGGUUCAAAAUAUCAUAAUCUAUUUCAAACUAUUCGUUUAAUUCAUCAUGAAGAAGGUAUACGAGCAUUUUGGAAAGGUCAUAUCGCAGCACAGGUUCUUUCAAUGACAUAUAAUUCUGCUCAAAUGUAUGCAUUUGAAAAAGUAACCAAACAAUUGGGAGAAGUUUUUCCUAUUACAACAUCUUCACCAACAGCUAAAACAAUAACACAUUUUAUUACUGGCUCAAUUGCUGCUAGUAUAGCUAUAGUUAGUUGUCAGCCAGCAGAUGUUUUACGAACAAGAUUUGUUGGACAAGGCGAACCAAAGAUCUAUUACUCAUAUAUUCAAGCAAUAAGUCUUAUAUUGACUCGAGAAGGUUUUUAUGGAUUUUAUCGUGGUUUAAUUCCAGCAAUUAUUCUUUAUGCACCUGUUUCAGCGCUUACAUUUGGAUUUUAUGAAUUAUUUAAUCGAGCAUGGAAUCAUUUUUCAUUUAGAAAUUUUGACUCUAUGAAACAUGCAUUUAAUGGUGGUGCAGCUGGUGUGUUAGCUAAAUUUGUUGUUUAUCCAUUUGAUUUAACAAAAAAACGACUUGAAGUUGUAAGAUUUGAAGAAGCUCGAUCUAGAUUUGGACAGACACGUAUGUAUUCUGGUAUGAUAAAUUGUAUAUCAGAUACAAUUCGAAGUGAUGGUUUUACUGGAUUGUACAAAGGUAUUGCACCAAGUCUUAUUAAAGCUUAUCUAGCAACAGCUAUUACUUUGGGUAUUUAUGAUUCUAUUUGUAAUCGUUUUCGUCAAACAUCGUCUGAUUAA